CCGACGCCACGGAUAAUGUGAAACACCGUAUGCAGCAAGAUACCAGCACACUACCUAAACGCUACAUGUCCAAAAAGAGCGCCAACGUAAUCAACAAUAACAAUAACAACAACAAGUCACGGCCACAUCGAACGGUUUUUACCGUUCGAAAACAGCAAUAACACGAACAAUAGCACCAAGUAACAUUCAUAACCACGUCUGUUACCUUUGUUGAUUUUCAUUUCGUCAACAACAGCACCAAAAACAAAGACAAUGAGUGAUUUUUUAUAUGCAUUAGUCUGCUAAGCGAAGAGCAGUCGAGUGUAAUACUGGCGUGACGUUUUGCCGAAAUGGAGGCUGGACAGCUUGAAGAGUAGAGCUGAAUGAGCAGCGUCAAGCUCUAACAGCAAGCGAUGAGUUGAAUAAAAGCAGCAGGGUGUAGGGCGACGAGCCGCCCGUCGCCACAUGCAAAAGCCACCAAGUCAAUCACGGUCGUGAUCGAUAAUAGAGAAUCGUAUAGCUUGGUCGGUUUUGACAGUUUGCUUUUGCACCACGACCAGGCACACGGUGGAUCACUCAGUGCACGAUGAGAUCCAGCUUCAGAGGGCUUAAGCUCGUGGCUCCGUUUCUUAUAGCUCUACUUGUCAACGGUCUUGUCAACGUCCAUGCGGGCGACAUGAGUCAUCGCUAUGGAGGACGAGCAGCGAAACAUCAGCCUGCCUGGGUGCACCAGUUCCUCAACCUCGGUACUAUAUUCACUGAGGACAUGCGAGAACUAGAGAGCGUUUACGAGUACGUAAUUCGUGAAGUGCACAAUAAAGCCCCCGAAGGGCGAUUCCGUGUGAAUACAACAGCUAGCACCUUGCUAACGGAUGACCCAUUCAACCUGACCCGAGAAUUAUGCGCUCAGAUGGCGAAGGGUAUAAUGGCAAUGAUGUCACCGACCGUGAACCAGAGCUUUGAAACGGUUGCGUCAAUCUCCAACACGUUUCAUAUGCCGUUUGUGACGAGUGAAUUUCCUGAGGUAGCACGAAGUCGGCCUGCGCUGUUCGGCCUCGCUGUGAAGCCGUCCUAUCUUCGGGCUGUCAUGGAUAUCAUCAACUAUUAUCAGUGGCCGUAUGUUAUCUACAUGUACAACUCCAAUGACGGCCUAUUGAAGCUUCAGCAGCUGUUUCGUAUGUCAAUGGAUACCAAUGUCGAGAUAAAGGUAGUAAAACGUAUAGAGAACCCAGAAGAGGCGAAUGACUUCCUUCGUGAUUUAGAAAAGCCAGAUAGCAAUUGCACGCAGGGAAUGACAUCUUUGAUAUGUGAAAGUCAUCGGGAGACUCGGAAGUACGUCGUACUCGACUGUAGCGCUGACAUGGCGCGCGACAUUAUCGUUAGCCACGUCCGGGACGUAAAUAUGGGCCGCCGAAAUUUCCAUUUCCUCCUUACCAGCUUGGUUAUGGAUGAGUAUUUGAACAAUCGUAUCUUGGAACUUGGUGUGCUCAAUGUGACGGGCUUCCGCGUGGUACAGCCUCAUCGUGAAGAGGUCAGAGACUUCAUCCGCCAAUGGCAGAAACUUGACCCGAUUAAAUGGCCAGGCGCUGGCACCGAUUAUUUAAGAGCUGAUGUGGCUCUCUUACACGACACUGCCCUCGUAAUUCUUGAUGCGUUCUCGAGAUUGCUCAAGAACAAACCCGACAUCUUUCGUAAUAACACGAGACGCGGAGAAAUCUACAAUCGAGGGCAGCGAGGGGUUGACUGCCAGGGUAACCCCACAGUGCCCUGGGAACACGGAGAAGUCAUCGUCGACUAUUUACGAUCGACGAAUAUUGUAGGUUUAACGGGAAACAUCUCAUUUGACGAUCGAGGUUACCGUCAAAAUUUUUCGAUCGACGUCGUUGAGAUGACUACUAAUAGUGAAAUGGUCAAGGUGGCUGAAUGGAGCGACCAUCAGGGCCUAAAACUGUUCCCGCCAAAGUACAAGCGCGUCCGAUUGGAUAACGAAUUCGAGAACAAGACGUACAUUGUCACUAGCAUCCUGGAAGAGCCAUAUUUGAUGGAGAAGCGAUCAGAAAACGGGAAGGAGUUAGUCGGCAACGAGCGGUACGAAGGGUACUGCAAAGAUUUGGCGGAUCUCGUUACAGAACACAUGCGGAUUGGCUAUAUUCUCAAGCUGGUCAACGACAGCAAGUAUGGUGGCCAGGACAAGAAUGCACCUUCCGGCUGGAACGGCAUGGUCGGGGAGCUAAUUAGAAAGGAGGCUCAUCUAGCAAUAGCUCCGCUGACGAUCACAUCUGCACGUGAGCGAGUGAUUGACUUCACGAAGCCAUUCAUGUCCCUAGGCAUCAGCAUCAUGAUUAAGAAACCGAUGAAAAAGAAGCCGGGCGUGUUCUCGUUCAUGAACCCGCUCUCGCAAGAGAUUUGGAUGUGCAUCAUUUUUGCCUAUGUCGGCGUAUCGGUCGUCCUGUUUCUCGUGUCGCGUUUCUCGCCGCAUGAGUGGCGUUAUGAAGAGACAUUUGUCGGACCAUCGGUGUCUAACGAUUUCUCGCUGUACAACAGUCUUUGGUUCUCUUUAGGGGCCUUCAUGCAACAGGGCUGUGAUAUCUGCCCGAGAUCGGUGGCGGGCCGAAUCGUGGGAGGGGUGUGGUGGUUCUUCACGUUGAUCAUCAUCUCAUCAUACACUGCCAAUCUGGCCGCAUUCCUCACAGUGGAACGUAUGGUCACGCCCAUCAAUUCGGCAGACGACCUCGCUAAGCAGACGGAGGUCGAGUAUGGAACCCUCGAAUCAUCUUCCACUCAGGAUUUCUUCAGGAAAUCAAAGAUCAACGUAUUCGCCCGCAUGUGGGAAUUCAUGUCUGCCCGGAAGCACGUCUUCACACAAACUUACGAAGAGGGGAUCAAUCGAGUCCGCCAAUCAAAGGGCAAAUACGCCUUUCUUAUGGAGUCCACAAAGAACGACUACAUCAAUGAACGCCAACCUUGCGAUACCAUGAAAGUAGGCCGAAAUCUCGACGCAAAAGGAUACGGAGUUGCCACCCCACUCGGAUCCACGCUCAGGGACCGUCUGAAUCUGGCUGUACUACAGAUGAAGGAAAAUGGAGACCUGGCGAGGCUUGAGAAUAAGUGGUGGUAUGACCGCAGUGAAUGCCGGACUACGGAUAGCAAGGAGUCAGCCCAGAAUGAGCUGACCCUGAGCAACGUGGCCGGUUGCUUCUAUAUCCUGAUCGGCGGACUCGUCCUUGCGAUGAUCGUCGCCCUAGUGGAGUUCUGCUACAAGGCACGCAUGGAAGCCGCCCGUUCUAAGAUGACGAUGUACGAGGCAAUGCGGGCGAAGGUGCGCAUGUCGAUCACGGGCACGCAGAACGACCGCCCCCUUAUCGGAGGAAGGGCCCCUGUCCUUCCGGGCAGUUACUCGCCGCCCCCGCCACCUCUGCAUCAUCCCGGUCUACUGCCCCCGCUCGACGGUGACCGACUCUCAGUUAAUACCCACACACAGGUCUGACGUCCGUGGGUACGUGGUUAUGUCAAAUGCUCCAUCCUAAUGAUAAACUAACUGCUGUGGAAACGAGCAUCCGAAAACGAACCAGCAGCAAUAGCAGCAAAGAACAGUACCAAUGAAAACAUGCGGAGAACAUUCAAUUAUCGUAUGAAGACGGUAGGGGGCAACAACUACCACAUAUAGCGCGAACGAAGGGAAUACCGGACCUUCCGGAUGUUCCUGAUAAUUGCUAUCUGCUUACGGAGUUGUCGCGUACCUUAAAUUGACCAAGACCCUGAGUGACAAAUCAUUUCAAAUAGAUUUACUUUGACAUAGCUUUGCCUAAUAGUAAAUUAGCGAUAAACACUGCCAGAUACAGGUUGUCUACCUAAGCUAAACGACUAACCCAAACCUGACAGAUGAACUAUCAGGAGUGAUUCAGUGAAGCUCUGAUUAAACAACUCGCAAAAACUAGAAGCUAAUCUGCCAUCACCUCAACCAACGUCUUUCUGUUAGUAGAGGAUUAUAUCUCAGGCGUACGAUGCUAGCCCUACCGUAUCCACUGCUACUACUUCAGUUUUUACUCGUGACACGACUAGUUCUUCCCCUCUGCUCUCUUCCGCUGUUUGCAAAAAGAGAGGGUUUUUAAGCCGGGAGAUGUAUUAGUGGCUGAACGAACCUGACUACCACAGCAGCCAUUGCGUGUAAAGCACAUGAUAAAGCUUAAAGCGAACGGCGGCAAAUCAGUUGCUUCAUACCACGCAUAUAUAAGGACGGCGAAAAAGGACACCCAAAGCGAUGGAACAAAGGCUGUAAACUUUUAUUGGACGAGCGUUACUGUCAGUCAGAAACAGCACCAAACUUACAGGACGCGUGAAACAAAGAUGUCUAUAUAUGUGAGAAGUGUUGACGCAAAUGAACUCAAUCUUGAGAAUGUAUCCGUGCUAAGCUUGGGGAAAUCUGAAUCAUACGAGAGCCAAGUGCAUUCAUCGAUCUUGUUUUCCAUUUAGACCUUCUCUGGAAAGCCGACGUCGACGAAAUGUUCUUUUAACGUUGUAGUUUGGUCAGCUAGGGUGCAUUUAGUUGUACAGUGUAGUCAGAAAAAGACAAAGAUAAAGUCCGUACGAGAGCUAAACAAGUGAACGACGUAUCCCGUGAUAAAAAUAAUGCUGGUUCACGUAUAGACGACUAACUAACUGGCCCUUGGCAACACAUUUAUUACAUAAAAAAUUAUCACUAGUGCGGGCACACAAACAUACAGACGUGACAGUUGUCACUGAAAAAAGACAAUUGUUAGUCACAAAGGAUUUACUGAUAUUAUUAAAAAAAAAAGAUGAACAUUUUCUGUUAGUCUUAAACAUCAGGAAACAAUCCAUGAUCGAUCACCAAUAUCAGGAACUGUGCGCGGCAAACGACAAAAUCAAUGACAGUUCAGAUAGAAUGAACAGUUUGUUAUUUUUCUACCUUGAAGUGAAAGAUUAUUGGACAUUUUGAAGAUAUCAAGACCGUUCGCUUCACUGUAGAGAAGAAAUUAACUGGAAUAAUUGAGAGAUUGAUCUGACACGGCUAUUUUAGCUUGUUUGUAUAUGCUUCAUAUUUAUGCAGGCCGAUAUCAGAAUUCAUGACGGGUCUAUUGCUGUUUGUAUAGAUAGAACGCCGCGUGAAUGUUACGUUCUAUGUCAUUGUUUUGCAAUACUUUCAUGGAUAUCGCUACUGUUGACGUUGCUAAGAAAUCUGAACUGAAAAUUGACAAGGUCAGUCAGUAAGUUGGACGGACGCAAUUUAUAACAAACGUUAACUAAUAACUUUUUAUUUCUAUAAAUUUUGUCACCACCAAAAUGCGAAGAACAUCGUACGUGUGGAUUUGUACAAAUUUAGAGAUGUUAUGGCGCUAACUACAAUUAGGCGAUAUUUAGAACGAAAUCAAAUGUCUCCUCUUGUGUUAACAUAAGAAUACUUAAUUCUAACGCCCAAGGUCACCUGUAACAUUGUUACAUUAUUCUACGGUUGCUUUGCUCCUCAAUCAAAGCAUCAAUCGAUACAGGGCGUUGAGUGUGAACGGCACCCUGCUGGAUUUUGAUUUAAGUAAGAACACUGCGGAGUUGAUGAUGGGAUACGGCACCAUUAAUAUUUUCAAUGCCGUCAUUGUUUGAAUUAAGUAGCAUUUCUGACGUAGUUUUUCACGUAUAAACAAUUGUUAUUGUAAACUGCCGAAAACAUUGAUGCUUAGCAUUCACCGUAAACAGGCAGAGCUAGAUAUAGACAGAGCCUCAAAAUGUGUCACCAUAAUUUCGUCUACAAAUAACAGAUAUAGUCAAUAUUCUUCUUUACGUAUUCAUGCAGUUGUCACGUCGACAAAACACAAAUAUGCAAGCACACGGGCGACAGACUCGCAGUACUUUUCACAAUACAUAUACAGAGACGUAUAUAUUUCUCAAUGCGUGUCGGGGGUGGCUUGAACCGGAAGGAAUAAAGGCAGUACGCAAACAGCAGCCCAAAGUGAAUCAGGCAAAUCAUGAAAAAGGUAGCGACUCACUCUGAAACGAAUUAGGAGAGUGAUAACAGAAAGGAAGGUAUGCUGUAAAGGGGGAACACGUCAACGGCUCUACCGCUAAUCAGAGCUCGAAGAAUUUUUUAUACACCACCUUCCUUGCCCUAUGGUGAAGUAGGAUUACUGAUAUAGUAACUACUGUCCCCAUAAUGUCGAACCGAAUCGGUCGCAACGAGUGUAAACAAGGCAAUGACGUAUAAAUCUUCAGUUCUAUUUUUAAGGGUAGAAAUAUAGGGAUCAGAGUUGGAGGGGACGAGAGGAAAUGAGUCAACGUGCUAGGCUGAAAGAGACAAAAAUCCAUCUAUCGAUUUUCGGACACACAUAUUUAGGGUACGGGGCUAAGGGAACCAGGGCGGGGGACAACAUAGUGUGCUGAGCAUGACACAAGGGUUCAGCGCCACCGCCGACAGCAGGGACUCUGCGCUUUCCGAACGUAUAUCUUGAAUAGCCCGCGUCGGAAAAUGCCCCCGCAGGCCAAACAGACAAUGGCCCCGGUAACGGCGUCCGCACGGAGGAAACGUCACGUUUCCGCGUUGUUGUACAUAAAGAACUCCUCUUGUUGAAUAAAAUAAAUCUGCUAAAAAUAGUAAUGAUAAUAACGGCAUGUAUGUAUAUGUGUAGACCGAUAAUGGGCGUGGUAACGAUAGCACACUGAUGAAGACAAAGCACUCCUGUCCAGUCGGUCGCCUCUGGUCAUAAUUUCUGGCUAUUAUAAUAACUAGCAAAAUAAGAAAAAAAUAAUGAAACGUGUUGCUGGAGUCCAACGCGCCUGUAACGCUUGCGAAGAGUGUUCAACUCGAGAGGACCAAUCCCACAACACAAACGACGCAGCAAUCUUCCCAAUAAACAUAUGCCAUUAUGAAUACGUACGGCACACGGUAGAAUAAAGACAUCGAUAGACGGUGGGCGAUUUCUUUUAAUCUAUACAAUGAUACUAACAAUAUUAAUAGGAAUAAUUAUGAUGACUAUUGUUAAUUAGUUUUCUAUUUUAACUAGUUGCUUAGUCAAACCCAUAUUUGACACUUAUGCCAAUAAUGGUUCAAACAAUUGGGGCUGAAUAUUAAGUUGUAGCUUAGCUGCGUGCUCUGCACGACCCAGUUUCUAGGUAACCUCUCGUUUUUAAUUGUAUAUUAGGGCCUAUUAAAAGGUUAGAACGGAUUCCACUCCCAGAGGCGACGCAAAUACUAUUAGGCCGCAUUUUUAUCACAUACAUUUUCGCAUCUAUUCGAUCUCGGACAAACUUGAAACAAACAUUAGAGCACAAUUGACUUCUGUCAGUCUUUGUACUGGAUAGGACUGGUGCAUGUCAGCCUGUUUAGGAAGUUGGCCAUUUUGAUUCACCUAAAAAACUAGCAAUUGGCGAAUAUCCUAUGAAGAAGAGCUUGAUAAGACAGUAGAACAAGACUAUUUUUCUCUACUAAGGGGCCUUAACUUAUGAACUCAAUUAUUUGAUCAACAAGAGUCCAUACCGCUACUGUCAUCCCCUAUGUUUAUUACUGGUAAUCGAGAAUUAUUAUUAUUAUCAUCAAUUUGUAUAUUAGAAUUAUUAUGUUUGUUAUUAUUUCAGGUAAUGCUACAUUCUUAAGCUAACGAUAAUAGGAGGGUACGUUACUUUAUAAACAAUUUUUCUACAAUAGCAAAAUGAUAACAAUUACCGAUAUUUUGUUAGCGCGCCGCGGAGAGUUAUAAUAUAGAUAAACAAGUCUGAUUUACAGGGACAAAAGAAAGUAAAGAAACGUUCGAACGCCCUAGAACGGUUAGAGAGAACACGAUUACGACAAAGUUUAAAUUAAAA